AUGUCCAUUGUCCAACCCAUCAUUAGAGACGAACCAUUCAUUCAAGAUGAUGACGACUGGGACUCGGUCCACCACGUCGAAUGGGAAAUUGAUGCCAACUUCUACACAGGCAAUAACACGAGACCCAGAACGCCCCUCAACAAAGCAACAGCAGACCAUCAAAUAAUCAUCGCCCGCGCCGCAGCGCUCAUAAUCCGCGCAUCUCUUAACAAUAUUCCGAUGGAUAUCCCGGACUUUGACCCUACCUCACUUACAGGUCCCAGAAAGAAGUUAUACCAAUGGAUGAGCGCCUACAACGCUUCUCAGGCCGGCAAAUUGGUGUUGAGCGAUGUUACAAUGACUGCCAUGAUCGAAAUUCUUUCUUCCUUAACACAAGUAGGUCUCGAGGGAGAGAUACUUGCUAGGAUUGGUCCUAAUCUUGGAGGUAUCUUCCAAGGAACUGUUGAUCCCAUUGAGUUGUUGGUCGAAGACGAAAAGCUCCAUCACAUGCUGAAUGGUAUGGAGCUGGUGCAGAAGAUGAAGGCUCACCUUGGAGAGUAUCUAUCUUAUUUCUCGACUAAGAAACCUGUUCAACAUGUCCUCGAAGUUGGAGCGAGCACGAGCAACAUGACUGACACUCUCUUCAGUGCCUUUUCUGUCGAGAAGGGUAUAUCCUACAGCAUCACAGACCGAUCUCUUCCUGUACUGCAGCAAACAAAAGCGUCACUGAAGGGUUCGUUUAAGCUCAAAGCUUUCGACGUCAACCAGGAUCCCCUUGACCAAGGAUUCAGCCCAGAGUCUUUCGACGUGGUCAUUGUCAACAACAUUCUCUAUACAGCGAAUUCUUUGGCUGAGGCUCUGAAGAACCUGAGAAAACUCACCGUUCCUGGCGGUGUCCUUGUCCUUGUCGGACUUUCAGAUAUCUCGCCAGCCUAUAAUCUCAUAUUGGGUGUAAAUGAGAAUAUAUGGUCUGAGGCGCGAUUCGAGCCACUUGAAUAUCCUUCUGUGGACGAGUGGAACAAAGUUUUGCAAAGCAACAACUUCAGCACACUCGAACCGGCGACAAAGACAUUUGACUUUAUAGGGCAAUCAUCCUAUUGCCUGAUUUCAACAGCCUUAUCAUCUACCCAGAAUCUAAUGGUCAAUAUUUUACCUUGUCCCCAAAGCGAGCUUUUCAGCUUCGCGAACCAACUAUCAACAGCUCUAGCAGAAGACGGCACAGCAUCGACAAUCUCACCAACCUUCCCUGAUAACAUCUCGCCAUGUUUCAUCUACGCUGUCAUUGAUGAUGGCUCCACGUCUUUAAUCGAGUACAAGAGACUCAUCGGGAUCAAGAACAUUCUGUGGAUCAGCAUGAAGAUAGACGGCAUCGAACCUCGAGACAUGGGAGCGGUACAAAGAUUUGCACGCAGUGCUCGUAAAACCAACGACGCUAUCAAAAUUGUUACACUUGAUGUAAAGAUGAGAUUUCCAGAUCUUGCAGAUAUCUUGAAAGUUGUCAAGAGAAUUAUAAGAGUCUCGUUUCAAGAGGAUCGAGGCACGCGGACGGAACUUGAAUACGAGUAUAUUAAUGGCAAAGUACUUGUACUACAUGUAAAGCAUUCAGAAGUAGCUAGCAAGUAA